AUGUCAACCUGUCUGAGGACUUGAUUGAAGACAUGUGGUUGGGCGUCUCAGUAGCCAGUCAGGGCCGACCUGGAGGGAGGCUCCUGGUUAACUAACCAACUAACUAAAUGACUGACUAAUCUGUCAGACUGAUCUGGGUAUUUAAAUGGUUAACUAACUGACUGACUUAUUAACUAUCAGUUAACCAACGGACUAUUUGUAAACUCAACUAACUGAUUAUCCAUCAAACCAAUUGAGUGACUAACUGAAUGAGAGAAUGUGAAAAUGAUUUAGUCACUAUCUUUAUUAAUUAACUUAUAGACUUAUUAAUUGAAUGACCAACUAACUAAUCUGAUUGACUGACUGGCUAAUUAACUCACCCUUCUAUUAACUACCUAACUAACUGACGAAGAAAUUAACUGAGUGACUGACUAUCUGAAAAAUUAUUGACCAAAUAAUUAACAAACUAACGGGCUGACUAACCGAUCAACUAACUGAAUAAUGAUCUGUACUGACUGAUAACCUCCUAGUGAACACGAGUGACUAUCUUGACGAAAUAACUACCUAGAAUUGCUUGACUUACUUAUUAACUGUCUAACUUACUGACUAAUUGACAAACAAGUAGUUGUUUAAUCGGAUAGACUAACAAGUUUACCCAAUAACAGACUGACACUAACCUGUUGUCUAACUCACUAACUAAAAUAAUAAACAACUCACCAAUUACCUCACUAACUACCUAACUGACUGACUACCUUUUAACUAAAGAAUUUGCUAAUUAUAACUCGAUGACUGACUUACUGUCUAUGUUUCUAAUUCACUGACAGAUUUUCAUACUAUGCAACUAACCAGCUGUCUAACUAGCUAAACUGACACAUUUGCGGACUAAGUAGUUCUCUGUCUAACUAACUAACUAACUAACUAACUAACUAACCCUAUGUCCUCCUUCCCUCCAGGCAUGUGGUCAUCGGUUCAUAAAACUCUACGGACCAUUAAAGCUCAGACAAAUGAUUGGCCGAUGUUAUCUCCGUGGAAACGAUUUGCAGUACGAUGACAACGACAUGCACUGGCAGAAUCCAGACCAGCCCUGCAGCCACCUGGGUGAUGUCAGAGCUGAGGUAAUGUGUAACAUGGGGAUUUCAGCUUCCAUCACUCAGACUGAAGUCAUCGUCGGAUCACCUGGGAGCUACGAAUGGCAAGGAAACGUCCAUGUCUCCUGGAUGAACCCAGAUGACCUCUUUGACACCCAGAGGAGCUCCUUCCCCAACAUGGCACACAGGAACAUUUAUAUAGGAUAUUCAGUCACUCAGGCUCGUCGUCUUCUCUCGGAGGAUGGUGAAACCAUAGUAACAGGAGCUCCUAGGGACAGUAAAAAUGAUGCUCGUGGGUCUGUGCUGUUGGCAGUGAAACGGUAUAAUGAACUGAUUAUUCAGCAGACUCUACGCGGUGAACAGACAGGCUCGUACUUCGGCAAUGCCGUGGCAACCGCCGACCUCAACAACGACGGUUGGAACGACCUGCUGGUGGGCGCUCCUUUUUACUUCCAUCGUCAGCAGGAGGUGGGCGGGGCAGUUUAUGUCUACAUGAACUCAGGAGGAAGGUUUGAUUCUGGCCCCAGUGUGGUGCUGAGAGGACCAGCUGGAUCUGCAUUCGGUAUGGCUGUUACUGCCGCCGGAGACCUGAACCAGGAUGGCUUCCAGGACUUUGCAGUCGGAGCUCCUUUCCAUGAAACAGGAAGUGUGAUGAUCUGGACCGGGAGCAGUGAGGGGGUCUCGGCAGAAGCGAGCCAGGUGAUCAGGGGCAGCAGCAUCUCUCCUGGGUUCAGGACUUUUGGGUAUUCCCUGUCUGCAGGUCUGGAUGUUGAUGGGAACAAAUAUCCAGACCUGUUGGUCGGUUCUCUGGACGACAGCGUCGCUCUGCUCAGAACUCGUCCAGUCAUCCACCUCAAUAAAACUCUCAAAGUUUCUCCAUACAUCGUCGACCCAAACCACUGCAACUUCUGUAUUCAAGUGGAGGUGUGUUUCUCCUACAUCUUUAGCACCGGAGAGAAGAGCAACAAAGACAACAUCACUCUCCACUUCACUGUGACCGCCGACAACGCCAGCCUCAAGUCCCGCCUCCGUUUCCAUGACAAUGGGAAGAGCCUGUACUCUGGCUACCUGUCGAUGCCGAUAAAACAAUGUGAAUCCCUGAGAGUCGGACUGCUGAGUCCCAUCCAGGACAAAGUGGAACCUCUGGUGUUCUCCCUAAACGUUUCUCUGUACGAGAAGCUUCCAAAGAAAAGAAGUGCCAUACAGGACCUGAAACGCCUCCCUGUGCUGAGCCAGACACCCAAACCCAUCAAAACCCAGAUCCACUUCCAGAAGGCCUGUGGUUCUGAUAACCGUUGCCAUAGUAACCUGCAGAUGACAGCCCAAUUUAUAGAUGAAAACCUGAAACCCUUCACUAUGCAGAAGGGCAGUCAACUAUUACACUACAACGCCAGCAUAAAUAGAUUGUUUCUGGAGGUUAAUGUCAGCAACACGCCGUCACUGGGCCGACCAGCAGAGGACGCUCACUAUGCCAUUUUGAACAUUAGCAUGCCUCCAUCGCUCUUAUACUCCGGAGUUCGAACAAAGGGUGACGCCACAGCAGCAGUGGGGUGUUCUGUUGAGGACACUUUUCUUCUGUGUGAGCUGGGGAACCCAUUCAAAAGCAACCAGAAGGUUCAGGUGUUGAUCAUAUUUCAGCUGUCUGACAUCAGUUUGGACACCAGAGAGAUUCGCUCUCUGCUGCAGCUGUCCACUCUCAGCGAACAGUCAGAUAUGUCUCCUGUCUCUGUCUCCAUGUUGGUGGAGUAUUCGCUGCAGACAUCCCUCACUCUAAUCAAUCCGCCAGGCCCCACCUCCUUCAGUGGUCACGUGAUCGGUGAGUCAGCCAUGAAAAAGACAGAGGACAUCGGCAGUUUGCUGCUCUUCACUUUCCAGGUGAACAUCAACGGGAAGCCGCUGGGUCACCUAGGCUACCUGGAGGUGGAGUAUGAUUGGCCAAGAGUGGUGUCCAAUGGGAAGUGGCUGCUGUACCUAACAGAGAUCCAAGUAAAUGGCACCUCAGAGCCUCGGUGUAAUCCGCCCGACAACAUCAUUAACACUCUCAACCUCACGCUGUCAAAGGAGGAGAAGAUGAAGAAGCGAAGGCGGAGUUUGGAGGCGGAGGAGGUGAAGGAGAGGAAGAAGGAGCAGACUGAAAAAAUCCUACCUGUCCUCCACCUGCAGGGAUGGAAGGAAAAGUCCUAUACUCUGGACUGUAUGCAUGGAGCUAAAUGUGUGACGUUCGUCUGUCCGUUGAUCAACAUGAACAACUCAGCAACUCUGACUGUCAGAGCCAGACUGUGGAACUCCACCAUGAUUGAGGACUACGGCGAUGCGAAGAGCGUGUUGGUUCGAGGCCGGGUGACUCUGAAGCUGCAGACUAAUAAACCGACCGUCAACAUGGAGUCUCACAGCACAGAGAUUGUGGUCCACAUUUAUCCAGACCUGGGGCGGCAGGUGGACUCCAGCGCCCCCUUGUGGAUCAUCGCGGUGUCCGCCCUGGCUGGAGUCUUACUACUGGCUCUGAUCUGCCUGCUGCUCUGGAAGUGUGGGUUCUUCAGGAGAGCCAGCACCAGAGAGCUGUACAAGGGAAAGACCCAGAAGGCCCACAUGAAGAGCCAGCCGUCUGAGAACAAGAGGCUGACCGAGGAGCUCUGAGUCUGGGCACAGUGCUGCCAGAGAGCCCUGCCUGUGGUUUCUUUGUGCGUCGGACGGCGGCACUGCACCAGGGGAGGAUUAUGGGUAAACACGAGCAGCAGCAGUACAUGGACUCUGAUGGUUUCCUGAUCCAGGACCACAUCCCCUCGGCCAGGAACAGGAAGCCACCGAAACACUGGGUCACCUGCUGGACUGAGACUCACCGAGUGACUGGCCAGGUGCAUGGAAACGUGUCCUGAAACAGACCAACCCAGACCAGACCAAACCGAACUAAACUAGACAACACCAAACCAGACCAGACCAACACACUGCCAGACUGUGUGUGUUUGAGUGUGUGAGCCUGCUGUCCUGUGACAACAUCUUAAUUUGUUUACAUUCAGCUGAGUGUGUAUUAAGAAAAGGAGAGAGGGGUGGUUUGAUUUUGUAUUUGUAUUUGAAACAUUUUGUUUUUAAUGUUUAAAAAAACAUAUGUAUACGAUUGUCUGUGUGUGAAUAUUUCCCAGCAUGCUCCUGCCCUCUGAGUAAGACCAGAAAUUAGUAUAAAUUGAUGAGUUAAGAGUUAAACAGGAACAACCUCGUCUUUUCUUCAGUGGUGAUGAUAUAACAGUGAUCAUGUCCUCCACGUGUCCUGAUCAUGGAUGUGUUCAUAGAUGCGAUACAGCGCCUCCACUCAAUCUGUGGUCAGUCGUGGUUCUGCAGCUAAAAAAUUCCAAAAAUCUUUUUCACUGUAGACCUCCAUUAUAAAAGAGACACAUGUGAACAAACUCAGUUGUUACUCGUUGUAUUGAGAAUUUUUAAUCUAUGAAGGUUUUAUAUUUGUAAAACUUACCCAGAGACUAUAAAAUACAUUUUAAUUUGCAUGACAUGGUCCUGAUACAGUACGAUAACACACUCAGUUUUUUGUGGUGGAAAAUUUUCUGCUGCCUCAUCGGUUAUUUUACAAUAUCAGGACUCAUUUUUAUAUCAAAUCACGUAUUCAGCCAACAAAGUGUCUUCAUAUAAACAAGUUUUCCCUUUGUGGAAACUAAACAGCUGUUCAGAUGAAAUGAGCUCAAACAGAACUGUUUCAGAACUGAAAGGAUAUAAAUCAAUCUAAAGACUGAUUAAUGAUUUGAAAAAAUAAUCAGGAGGAAGUAGUGAGAGGGCUAAAUAUGAAAAAGUGGUAUGCUUUCUUUAAGAACCAAAUAUGGCAGCAGAGGUCAGUGUUGACAGGUUUUCAUGUGUUUCUGGUGAUGUUAUUUUUCAAUUCUUCUUUUCUUUUCUCCUCGAUCCCCUUUGAGAAAGUUGUAAGUAAAAACAUUUGUGUUGCUUUCAUGUGCUGAAGGAUCCUGCAACAAAAAUACCGUCUGAUGUUGGCUCUUCUGCUGAACAGUUUUUUUGUCACAUGUCCCUAUACUGCCCUAUUACCUAAGUGUUUUUAUAUAAUUAUGAUAUUUCUGACAGUACAUGAAAGCAGCACCUGUCCAUGUGUAAAAUCUUGUGUCCUGUUCAGAUUAUGUGGAUGUGGAAGGUAAUCACUGUGGUGCACUGUUUGUCAGUAUGCUUCCUGUAUGUUGAUGAUAUU